CAGCCUUGAUCUGUCUCCAUAUAUAUUGUGAUGCAUCUCUACCAUACUCAUUCAAUCGAAUCAGUCAUCCAACCAUUCUUCCCCCAAUCAAGAGAGACAUGGUUCUUAGAGCGUUGAUUAGUCCAGCUUUAGUGCAAUGGAGCUUCCUGCUAUGUGGCAGCCCGGGCUUUGUGCUUCUGUGGCAAGCUGCCAAGCUAAUAGACCGGCUGUGGUGGCACCCACGGCGGCUGGAGCGGGCACUGCGCGCCCAGGGUCUCCGCGGCACCUCGUACCGCUUCCUCGUCAGCGACGUCAUUGACUAUGAGCGGCGGAGCAAGGAGGAGCGCUCGAGGUCGAUGUCGCUGCGCUGCCACAACAUAGCCCCUCUCGUCGCGCCGCUGCUCCACGACAUUAUCCGGGAGCACGGCAAGGCGUGCAUAUCCUGGUUUGGUCCGUACCCCAAGGUGACCAUCAGCGACCCUGAGCAGACCAAGGAGGUGAUGUCCAACAAGUUCGGCCACUUCGAGAAGCUCAAGUUUCCGGCACUGUCCAGGCUGCUCGCCGGAGGCGUGGCGACGUACGAGGGCGAGCAAUGGGUUAAGCACAGGAGGAUCCUCAACCCUGCAUUCCAUCCCGAGAAGAUCAAGCUCAUGAUGCCAGCGUUUUCUACUUGCUGCCAAGAACUUGUGAGCAGAUGGACGCAAUCUCUUGGUUCUGAUGGUACAUAUGAGGUGGAUGUUUGUCCGGAGUUCCAAAGACUCACCGGAGAUGUCAUUUCUCGCACCGCGUUUGGCAGUAACUACGCUGAAGGUGCUAGGAUUUUCCAGUUGCAGUCCGAGCAAACUGCACGCCUCCUGGCCAGGGUUAAGAAGAUUAUCAUUCCCGGCUACUUAACAAGAAUGCAAGCUAUGCAAGAAGGAGAAAAUACCAAAAAUGACUUGCUCGGUUUGAUGCUUGAGUCCAACAUGAGGGGCACAGAUGAGAAUGGCCAAUGCAUCUCAGGAAUGACGAUUGAUGAGGUUGUGGAGGAAUGCAAGUUGUUCUAUUUUGCAGGAACAGAAACAACAUCAAUAUUACUCACAUGGACAAUGGUCAUACUAAGUAUGCAUCCCGAGUGGCAAGAUCGUGCAAGAGAGGAGGUCCUUGGCCUAUUUGGAAAGAAUAAAAUUGACUACGAAGACUUUGGCCGACUAAAAACGGUGACCAUGAUUCUUUACGAGGUGCUCCGAUUAUACCCACCAGUUGUCGCUUUCAUCCGAAAAACAUACAAGGAAAUGGAGAUUGGAGGUAUCACAUUCCCUGCUGGUGUGCUCAUCGAGCUUCCUGUGUUGUUAAUGCACCAUGACCCAGACAUAUGGGGAAGCGACGUGCAUGAGUUCAAACCGGAGAGGUUCGCCGAUGGGAUAUCGAAGGCAUCCAAUAAUUCUUGUGCAUUCCUACCAUUUGGUUGGGGACAACGUAUUUGCAUUGGCCAACAGUUUGCAGUAAUUGAGCCCAAGUUUUCCUUGUGCAUGAUCUUUCAAUGCUUUGAGUUCGAGCUUGCACCAUCAUACACUCAUGCUCUAGAUAACACGAAAAUGCUACGUCCUAUGCUUGGUGCGCAAAUUAAGCUUAGGGCAAUUUAAUCGUCACAUACGAAAGUAUGCAUGUUCACUAUACAAAAGUAUGCAUGUUCACUAUUUACCGUCAUCUGUCUCACCAUGUAAUCAGGCAUAAAAUUACGACAAGGAUGGGCCUUUUCAUAUGACCCUUCCAUUUUAUUCUCGUAGACAGAGACUGCCACAUCUGACCUC